CUGCGCGGUGCAAAAACGGGACCUCUGCAGAGUAAAACCGAUCCAAACGGAUUUCGUGCAUGCUUUGGCCUGGGAGUUACAACAUGGCGUCGGAAGCUCCAGUUAAAAAAAAGCAUAGGGGGAUCCCAGAAGCCACAUUCCUGGAUAAUGUUGAUUCAUACAUGGGAAAAGAAACUUCAUCAGAAGCAAUGCUUCAGAAGCUAGAUGAACAAUAUCAAAAGUAUAAAUUUAUGGAGGCUAACCUUGUGCAAAAGAAAUUAAGACUUUCAACACAGGUGCCUGAUAUUAAAGCUACGUUAGAUUCCAUCAAAAGUUUAAAGAAGAGGAAGGAUGAAACGGAACCCUUAAGGACCCAAUUCAUGCUUUCUGAUCAACUCUAUAUAAACGCGAAAAUACCGGCUACCGAUAAAGUUUGUUUGUGGCUUGGUGCGAAUGUUAUGUUGGAAUAUGAAAUAGAGGAAGCUGAAGAUUUACUAUCAAAGAAUCUCUCUACGGCGGAGAGCAAUUUGGAAGAAUUAGCGGAUGAUUUAUGUUUUUUGCGUGAUCAAGUCACAACGACUGAAGUCAGUAUGGCUAGGAUAUAUAAUUGGGAUGUGAAAAGACGACAGAAGCAAAAAGAAGUACAAAAAUCCUAAUUAUAUUAGCUAGAGAUAUUUUUUUUUAAUUUAUAGUUUUUUUCGUAUAUAUUUUUUUGUUUAUUUUUAACUUCUUCAUUUCUGAAAAAAUAAAUUUUAAACAA